UACUUGAAGCGAGAACCUAUGAGGCGCACUGCUUUCCCUCUGCGCUCUCCGCUACUUCCAUUUGACAGAAGUUUGACUCUGACAUGAAAAUGGACCCCACGGAUAUCUUUUAUCACCCGAUCUGGGUCGUUUUAUCGGCGGUGCUGGCAAUGGUCGUGCGCCUUCAGCGCAAAGGCUCCUGGGAUCCACGAGCGUGCCCCGUGCAGCUCACUGGAAAGACUGCAAUAGUGACAGGAGCCAAUACAGGCAUCGGGAAGUUCAUUGCCCUGGACUUUGCCCGUCGUGGGGCCCGAGUAAUCCUGGCAUGUCGAAGCGAGUCCCGAGGGUCAGCGGCAGUCAAUGAAAUCCGGAAGAUUACAGGAAACACAAACGUCCAUCUGCGUCUGCUGGAUGUUUCCUCCAUGGACUCUGUCAGGGAAUUUGCAAAGAAGAUACUUGAGGAGGAGAAAGCGCUGCAUAUCCUUGUAAACAAUGCAGCGGUAUCAGGUUUGCCCAGGCAGAUCACCAAAGAUGGGUUCGAGGCUUCUUUUGCCACCAAUCAUUUGGGACCAUUUCUUCUUACCAACUUGCUGCUCGACCUGCUGAAGCGCUCGACUCCAUCGCGUAUCGUCACCGUCAGCUCUUUGAACCACAAAAAGGGAAAAGUGGAUUUCUCCCACUUCCGAGGGGAAAACCUAGUUUAUUUCAUGGAUCAAGUCUACAACAAUACUAAACUUCACAAUAUUAUCUGUACCAAUGAGCUGGCUCGCAGGCUACAGGGGACAGGAGUCACCGCCAACUCUGUCCAUCCUGGUGUUGUCAUGACUGAAGUGAUGAGACACUAUCCACUUUGGAUACGCUACCUUUUCAACGCCAUUGGCUUCUUCUUUUUCAAAUCGUCAGAGGAAGGAGCAGUCGCCCCGAUCUACUGUGCUGUGUCCGAGGAACUGGAGGGAGUGACAGGAAAGUAUUUUGACAGCGACUGCUCGCUUGUCCUUCCUGCUCCUUUAGCCCGAGACCCAGCCUUGGCGGUCAAGGAUUUUGAGGUGUGUGAGAGACUGACUUCAAAGCUGUGAAGCGACAAUCUCCACUGGCUUGAUAACAGAAAACAGGUCGAAGUCCUGUCGUUUUCAGGGACCGGGACCUCGGUCAAUGUGAGCGACUGUCCAAACCCAGCAGAAGAUCUCUGAGUAUAUAUAGUUUUGAGUAUAUAUAUUUUUCAUUUUCUGUACUUUCAUAGAAAUAUUUUUAACUAAUAGAUGUUGCCAUCUGCUGCAUUUCUUGCUUGAAAACCAAAGACAUACACUAAAACCUUCAUAUUUUGCAUUGGUUUCAGUAUCAAUGUGGUGUGCAUAGAAGGCACCAUGUCAGAGUGCCUCAAGAAGUACUUCUUUUUUUUUUUUUAUUACUGGGCAAAGUGCAGUCUCUUCCUGCAGUCUCUCUGGAAUCAGAACAAAACCUCAAGCAUUUGAUAGAAUCAACUCUCUUUAUUAUCAGAUUUAAUAAAACAUAUUUCAGCCUU